AUGAUUAGGCAUUGUGCUUUAUUGGAGUUUCCUGUGGUUGGGGAUAGCCUAUCUAGGCGUGGGUGGCGAGACAAGAAGCCAAUUCGUUGUCUUCUUGAUCGCGCUCUAGCCAAUGAGAAGCUCAAUGAUCUUUUUAGUAAUUCUUUCACGGAGUAUCUUACGAUGAUAGCAUCGGACCAUAAACCGGUUUUAGCCUCUCUUGAGGAUAAAAUCCGACGUGGUAGGAGUUGUUUUCGUUUCGAUAGAAGGUGGCUGGAUAAAGAGGGUUUAUUUGACACCAUCUCAGCAGGUUGGGAUUCUGGGGUAGCGGCGUCCACUAGCAAUUUCAUGGAUAAGAUUAUUAAUUGUUGCCACGCAAUCUCUCAAUGGCGAAAAGCACAGGUUCCAUAUGGUCGAGAGACGAUUGAGGAUUUGAAGACCCAUUUAUCGGCAGCCCAAGAGGAUGAUACUGCUUCAGUUGAGGUUAUUUUGGAACUAACUUGGAAACUACGUGAGGCUUACCGAGACGAAGAGAUAUACUGGUAUCAGAAAAGUAGAAGCCGUUGGAUGCGAUUUGGGGAUCAAAAUACUAGUUAUUUUCACGCUCAAACAAAGCAACGAAGGGCGAAGAAUCACAUCGUGGGACUCCAUGAUGAAACAGACCAAUGGGUUACAGAGGAAACUAGAGUUCAGCGCAUAGCUGCCUCUUAUUUCCAAGGGUUAUUCACAUCCACGGAUCCCACAGAUUUUGAGGAACCACUGGGCGAAAUUUGUAUGUCCAUUACGACUGAUAUGAAUGAUUCUUUGACAUGA